CAUGAAACGAUAUCCAAGUUUGGAUAAAACUUCUUUCUCUUGAAUUAAAAUGGCUAAUACAUUUUCCUGACAGAAAUAAUAUAAAGAGAAAUUUACCAACAAUGUUCAGGAAAUACUACCCAAAAUGCUCAAUAAUAAUUGAUUGUAGUGAGCUUUUUAUCGAAACACCAUCAAGUUUGGAUACUGCUGCAAGUUGUUGUUCAAAUUAUAAACAUCAUUAUACUGUUAAAUAUUUGGUUGGAAUAACACCAAAUGGUGCAAUUUUUUUUUUAUCAAAUUGUUAUGGCGGAAGAGCUAGCGACGUUUUCAUUGUUAAAGAUUGUGGAAUUUUAAAAUUCUUACAGCCUGGAGAUCAAGUUAUAGCAGAUAGAGGUUUUUUAGCUAUUCCUCCAUCAAAACGCACAAAUUUGCAAAUGACAUCUAAUGAUGUGCGAGAAACCUCAAAAAUUGCAAAUGUUCGAAUUUAUGUGGAACAAGCCAUAGGGCGUAUGAAAAACUUUCGCAUAUUAAAAAAUGAAUUGCCAGUCACACUGUUACCAUUAUGUGACAAUAUUAUUACUGUAUGCGCUGUAUUAACAAACUUCAUGCCCCACCUUUGCAUUGAUGAAAACUAA